UUUUUGGCCAUUGAAAAUGUUUCAAGUAGAAUUUAUAAUUUUGAAAUAACAGACUCUGAUAAAAAAUGCCUGUUGAACGUGUGCCAGUUGUCCACAAAUUUGGGAUCAUCUCACACACUCAGCGUUUAGCUUUGGAGGAUAGACUUGCUAAGAAAUCACUGGCCACCGAACCACCACGCACUUUCUCUAGGACAAGGUGAAGAUCUUACUUAAUAUGUUUAGUUAAACUGUUUUUAAGAACAGACGGCAAAACUCAUUGUGACGAGUUUUGAAAAUACUUUUAAAAUUAUUAUUUACUAAUUAUAUAUGCCCCCUCACCUCACAUAUAGAAAUUGUGCUUGGGCAGCCUGAGGUGUUAUGGUAUUUUCCAUACAUGAAACCGACUAAUACAUAUACUUAACUUAAUUUAGUAACUAAAAAAAUUAUAUAUAUAGUCAUAUUUUUUUUAUUAACAGAAGGUUCCCUUAUGAAGUGACAGAAGAUUUUAUUGCCAAGGUAAGUGACUUUUCUUGCUCGUUUGAAGAACCUGAUAAAAAUUUAAUUGAAAGACAAUUAUUGAUAACCUUUGUUACGGGCAUCAGAGAUUAAACUUGAACUCUCAAUACCUCCCUGACGUAGGAGGUUACGGUACUCCAUCGAUAGUGAGACACAUAGCAAGUCUGCUGCUUGAUAACUGAAAGUGUUACUUAAAAGGUAGCAUGUCCUAUUAUUUUUCAGUUCAAUGACAGUAAUGAAGAAGACAGGAAAGAACUAGAAGGAUUUGCCCUCAAAAUGAUAUCACGAGCCAAAGUAGGUAUCAAGAUAAAAAGGAGACAAAUGAGUUCAAAAUGGAAUACUUUUUGAAAAUUAGUAAUAAUCAUGGAUUAGUAAAGUGCUUUCAAUGUAGCUUAGGAGUGGAUACUUUUGUCAUGGCAUAGCAAAAUCCACAGUAUACUUAAACCUACAAACAUGGAAUGGUGGCAUACUCAAUCACAGUUCUGAUUUGUAGAAACUCAUUUUGUUCAGUCGAUGGUUGUAAUUUAUCUGCACAUCUUCCCAUGGCAUUCAGACCAAAGCAUGAAGUUGAGGCAAGUGGUCAGCUAGUCCAAAAUAGCACCCAAGCCUUAAAAUUGCACAGCAUCAAGAAAGAAGCAACACAAAUAGUUUGUCUUACUAACACUGCACACAAUUUUACCAAGCAGAGUUUAUACAAAUUUUCCUUAAAAGAAAAAUGUCAGACUGAGUGUAUAAGGGAAUUAGCACUGCACAAAGAUUCAGCUGUAAGAGAGGGUACUUAAUGUUAUUUUAAUCAUAGUCUUUUGGUAGCAUAAUUAAAAUUGUUGAGUUAUUGAGGUGUGAUACAAUAGCUUUAAAUCAGAAAGGACCUAAUUUUCUUGAUAGACAUGGGUCAUUGAUGUACCUUUGACUGCUCUGUGUAAAUGAUAGAUAAAUAAACCACUGUUUCUUGUUGCACUUGUAGAGAAGAGCUGGUAUCAUGGCUGGGGGGAAAGGAGACCAUGUUGAUUUAGCUAAAUCAUGGACAGAAUUGGGACUAUUAGCACAAUGUUCAAACCAACAAGUACAAGAAGGUAAGAUAGGAUAUGCUUCAACAGCUGUUCACGCAUUUAUAUGCAGCACUGAUUCAUAUGUUGUUCACUUCUGAUUACAGAAUCUCUAGAAUUGCUGAUCACUUCUCUCGGUCAUGCUCCUCCAGCUGCAGAUCAGCUUCCUAGGUUUGUAACAGUUGUAGUGAUUGUAAGGUUCAAGUAUUGAUAUUUGCCUUCCAAAAACUAUGAUUAUGAAUUCUUUAUGUCUCUGAAAAACAUCACAAACAUAUACACUGUAUGAUAAAAUUGAACCAGGUCUGGAAAAUCCCCAUAGAAUCUAAUAAAUAAUCAGUUAUAUAUUCCAGUAUUUCAUCCAUUCCCAGUUAGUAUAGUGAAAUAGAAAUGUUGCUUUCUCACAAGUGAACAAAUCACAGCAUUUUGUGCCACAAGUUCUAACUCUUUUUUAAGAUUCCAAUAAAUUGAAAGUUAUGAUAUUCAUUAAGACAAUCACUGUUUUUGAUUAAUUCACAGCUUGGACACUAAAUUUAAUUUCAAGUAUUCCAGUGUUGUGAAUCAAACAAAAACCUGUGGUGUACACUCAAAAACAAUGUGCAUUUUUAUUUGCUUUUCUCUUUUCAGCUUGUUUUAUCUUGCAAAAAGUUGUCUUCAUUGGUUGAGAAAGUGUGGAAUAACUCAGUCAUGCUUGAGGACAGCUGAGUUAAAACUCAUCAGGGUGUGUAUUUAUGGUAGAUAUUUUGCUCUCUUGGCUGGCCCCUUCAAGCGGGUGUGCGACUGUACAUUAACUUGAAUUCCUCUUGUUUCAGAUGGGUCAUCUGGCUUUUUUGAGACUGUAUUAUCACAAUAUGACACAAGAACUCAAGGUACUUUUUAAGACUUUUAUCAUCAAGACAGUUGAAUCAGAUCUGGAAAAAUCUCUUCUAGGAUGGUUUGGAUAUUUGCAUAGUUUGAAUAUUAUUACUUUUAUUUAUUUUUCAUUUUUUUUGAGUCUUGUAUGUGAAUUAAUACCAAUACCAGAGCUCCAUUAUAUCAUAACUUUAAUUUAAAUAGUUAGGUUUAAAAAUUAAUUCAUGACUUGUGUGUUCCUCAAUAGGAAUAUCAGGAUGAAAAGCACUCCUUACUCCAAUAUCUCUCAGGUGAUGAAUUGCUUUAAGCCUAGUUUUAAGUAGAACUCUGUCUCCAGUCAGACCAGAUCAGCAUAUACAAACUCUUCAUUAACCACUUUUAUUUUCCUUCACCCUUUCACUCCCAAGCCCUCAUUAGUACUUCUUACUGUGUGCUGUGCAAUUCUUUUUAUAAUUAUAUUAGUUCAAUAAUCCUCCAACUGAUAUAUUAAUAUCUUGAUUUUCAUGACUUGCCUGCUUAAUAUUACAUUGAUAUUGUAAGGAGGAACUCUGUCCUGCUCACUUAAAGGAUUAAAUGAACCACUGUGACUUUACAGGGUUUCCAGAGGAACACGAGGAGGCUUACAAAUCAUUUCCAGGUGUUUUGCUUGCAGUCAGAUACAUAAAAGAAGUGGUGAGCAGUAGUUUCAGUAACAGUUAAGGGACACACAAACAUUGUACACUCUUGAAAAUCAUUGAAUGUGUGCCAGCUGGACUACUGAGUAAGAAAAGUAACAAAACAUAGUGAAGACAAACAUGGUGAAUUAAUUUGUAUAAUUUAGAAUUUGCUGUUCACAUAGGGUUAAAUUUUUCAAUUAAGAUUAUUUCUGCCAGAAGAAGUAACAUUGGUACCAAAAUCUAUCACUGGUUAAUCAGCAUAGAGAGUGCAUAUAUACACUUAGACAAGUGCACACACCUUCAGCAGUAUUUUUGUAAUUUUUGAAGUUAUAUUGAGCUCAAAAUUGUUCUGAACAUUGGAAACUUUCAGGCAUCUAUGGUCUUGUCACCCUCAUUACAUAAGUUGAUGAAAUCCUGCGCAAAACUGUUUAAAAUUUGAAUAUCAGAAGAUUUUUAGAGGGAAUGUCCACUAUGAUGAAAGAAAAAAUUAAAAAAAAUAAGCAAAACAGUUAUCUGGGCCUUUAUUUGUUUUCUUUUUUACAGUGAUAUUUCUCUUGCCUUUUUCAGGGCCAUCUUAUUUGCACUGGUUGUGAGGAUCCUAAUCAAAAGGAAUCUUUAGCUGUGGAGACUACAGCAGACACAGGAGCAACAACCAAAACAAAGACCACAAACCAGGGUGAACAAGGGGCAACAGCAGUACCUGUAGGGAAUGCCACUGAGGGAGGGAGAAUGGGGCUGCCUUUGUUACUGGAGGAAGAGGAAGAAGAACAGGGUAGUGGAGAUAUGGUAUGAGUCCAAAGUCCUAACUUCUUGGAUAUUUUAUAUACUUGUAAUGAUGUUGUGAUGGGUGUGUUAAAUUGAUUAUACUGUGUGUGUGUUUUGUUUUGUUUUUUUUCUUUUGCAGGAGUUCCAUGAGGCUGUGUCUAUCAGCCCCCCUCACAGCCCAGCAGCAGCUAGUACAAUUCAUGACUUGUCACCAACCCUCUGGCAUGCUCUGGAUAUAUGGAGGAGCAUCAUGCAUAGAGGUACUGGGUUGAGACAGGCUUUAGAGGGACUGAGCAUGUGUGGAACAGGCCUGAAUACAGAGUUAUGGUAUGUUAGGUGACCUCAUACAAUUAGAUUGAGGCAUAACUCCUGAUUUAAAAAUAUUUGUCAAAAUAGUUAAGAACACAAUAGUGUUUAUUAUCUUUGAUGAUUUCUUCCUUAUCUUAAGAGAUAUAAAUGCAGUUCUUGUCAUGGAUUGCCUUAUUUUUGAUUUUGUUACAUUGCGCCUAUUUUUCUGUGUUAUAAAUGUUGCCCUAUAGAGGGUUAAUUUGUUUUGAAUUUUCCUGGUUUGGCAACCAAACCAGGACGAAAAGGUUUUUCUACUUGAUAACAUAAAUUUUGCAGUGUAUGAGGCAGUUAGCCAUAAUCCUAUCAUUUCUCUGUGUACACAUUUAUGUUGUACUCGCCUCUUACUAAGUUCUCUCUUGUAUCACUGUAGGAUGGACGUCUGCUGCGCUUUUGAAGUACUCACGGAAGUGUCUAAACGUGAUAUUACUGUUCUGCGCACUUUUCAAGCCUUAGCCGCUGGUAUGUUUACCAAACCGGCAGAGAUAUCAGACGCGCAUGGGAGUCACAUUCACGUUUGCAACAACUGUUUGUCGACAUUAACUGGACACCAGUCCUUAUCAGGCCCAGAUCUACAUGACGAUGGUUUCAAGUUAAAUCAUGAAAAAACUCGAUCAACUUCAGGCUUCUUAUCUGUUAGAAAGACUCCAAGUUUUGUGAAAGGAUUGCGUGACUUUGCUAACCUUGGCCUCGAAAAUGACAAAGCCAGGCAGCCAGAGGAUGAAGCAGAGAGCAUUAAGUCACGCGAUACUUUAAGUGACACAUCUGAGGCAAGUUUCGCUGAUGUAAGUAGUGAGGAAAGUGAAAACCAUGAAAGAUCUGGAUUUGUUCGUGGCAGUUCGACGAGCGACUUGCCGAAAACCUACAAGAAAACAAGGAGAACAAUUGCCGGUAAAGAUGAAAGCAACUCUGAAUCUGAGGAAGAGAUUGAAAAACCACUAAAAUCACAAAUAAAGAAAUCAAACCAAACAAAAAUUCUGGAAAAGAAAACUGAUGGAUCCACACGAGCACAUGGUGGAAUAGCGGUGCGAUUUAAUGUCAAGCAAACAGAGUUUUCAUAUCCUGGGGGUGGAGUCCCUGCGGCACGAAUGGAGAGAUCAGUUACUAAGGAUAGUCUGUUUAGUGUCCCUGAGACACAGGGUAGCUCUGUUACUCUUCAGUUAGAAGACGAAGGUGAGCGAACUAAACGGCCUACAUUAUCAGAAGUAAGAAAGUCAGGUUUCGUGGCGAUGUUUGGAAAGGAAAUAUACACCCCCAUUGUGGCACGUAUAGUUUACAUUAAACCUCUGGCAUGUUUCUGAGAUGUUUCAGUUUUUUUUAAUUGCUUCUUACAAAUAGCUGUUGAUCAUUGUUCACAGAUGACACCAGUAGCGUCAAGACAGGCACGUCACAAUUCUCAAAUCCACCUGGCUUGACGGGGUGGCGCUGGGAACUGGCAUAUCUCUACACAGACUGUAUGACGUCAGUUUGUCUGAAUGGUCAGAGCUCCACCAUCCAGAAAACCGCCCUGCUUGGGAGUGAGGCUAACCGGAAAGUUACCUUAUAUGGUAAAAGAAACAACAUGGUCCGUGAAGGCUUGGGACUCCUAGAUCUGCUUAAAUUGAAUUUUUCUGCGAAUCAAGGUUAGAACUUACUCUUACUCGUUCAUACUUUUCGUUUCUCUGUAUUCCGCGUUUAUUUUUGCUUUUUUCCUCAGCAAUGCAAAGCUCUAAUUAAUUGUCUCUUCACAGGUCCCCAGGCUACUCAUAAAGAUUGGAGUUGGAGAGUCAGGUUUGCAGCCGUGCAGGGCCUGGUGCGUGUUUGCCGUCAGUGUAGUGAUGAUGCAACAAAAGACGGAAUACGAGGAGUGGCCUGGAAUCAACUUAUGAAGCAUCAUUCCCAAGAGAGAGAUGUACGUGUUUUGGAGGCCUGGAAAUUAGCUCAGGUGAGUUGAAUAAGUGUUGAAUGGAGAGGAAUAAAUCUGUUUGGUAAUCACUAGAAAUGUUUUACGGGUUACAUUUUGACUUAAGACAUGUUCUUUAAAGCGUUUUCUCUGAAUGAAAUUGAAAUAAGAAUGAGUAUUCUGAACGUUUUCACUGCAGCCUGACAUGACAAUUGGGUGUUGGAUUAAAUUUGCCCAACACGAUUUCAACAGAACCAAUCACAAGGAGGUCUAUUCGCUGAACUGUAAAACACUUUGAACAUCCGAUGUCUUCCAGUUAAAUUCUGUAGAAAUUUGUUUCUUUUUUUCAAUGUGGGAAGGAGAGGGGAGGGAAGGGAAGUUGAGACUGAGAAUGCCAUCUGAAUUCUGAGUUUGUCAGUUUAAUGCUUACGUUCCAUUGGUUCGUUGCAGAUUGAAUCAUGUCUUGACAACAAGAUCCCCUCACUCGAUGUCAUCAACUCUUCGUUUCCUGUCUGGGCUGCGGGCGGCUUGUCGGCCGUUUUACUUCCUUCGCUUCCGCCAGUCGUACCACCCAGCUCUCGCUCCAGGUCCCGAGUACGCACAACUCAGUCAAGACAAGCAGCGCCUGUAGUCAAGAGAGGUCCCAAGCGUCCUUCGUUAAGGUAUAGUGCUUUUUUAACAUGUCCGAUGAAUUUUUGUCUUGGAUAUUUUUUUUACAUGUAUAGUUAAAGUUACGACUCGGUACACGUUUUACCUCGUAUAUUGCGUAUGUGGUAAUCUCGAGGACUUUCUGCUUAAUUCUUACUUAUUCGUCUUUGAAUUAAACCAUUAUUCUCAAUUUUGCCGACUGAUAGUCGUCGCUGUAUCUUUUACUUGAUUCUCCUGGUUCUGUGAAUUUGUUAUUGCCUCCCAAUAAACUGUUCAGCCGUGAACUUAUUUAAUCGUAUGUUUUUCCAGGCAAGAGAUUCUCUUGGCUACAGCAGCACGUGAGCCUCAACCCGACUAUGACAGCCGCAUGAACCACCACUUAAUGCUGGUCAUAGAGGACCAGUGGAGGAAACAGCUUCAUGAAGAACAGAAGGAAGAGGAAGAACAAAGGAAGAUCGAUGAAGCAGCCAAAGUUGAAGUCAUAGUGACGAAGGACAGAAGACGGACUAUCCAGGGGAGGGGUUCGGGUGAUAAUAAAGGGAAGGAGAUGGGACGGAGAAGACUUGAGGAGAGGUCUGGUCAGCAGGUUAUUGAAGAUGACAUGAAAGAAGUGUAAGCAUAGAACGGAAGGUGACUUUGGAUGGGUAACUACUGGAACAGACAAAAUAAUAGACUUCAAAAUGAAAGCGAAACAGAGAAUAGAUAAACUAAGAUGAAAGUCAUACGAAUAAAACCUGAGAAUGUCUGAGGAGCCGAAGAGAACCCUGUGUAGAUAUGACAUGAAGUAUAGCGCGUGGCUUUUUGACCCAUAUCGAUCAAAUUGCAAGCUCUUAAUUAUAUAUCUAAUAUUUUUGUCUUAGACUAUUGUGCUGUUUUGAAGCAUCUGUUUGUUAAGAGUACCACGUUUUCGUUGCCAGAUAGACCAAAUAAAGUCAGUCACCUGACAGAUAAAUACUCCAUGAACAGUGUUAUAAUUCAUUGAAGUCACAAGUAGGCGGAAGGAAGGCUCCAUCAGACAUUCCCGCCGUUUUUAUCAAGCAAGUAUUUUUCCUCUGAAGCCAGAUUUAUCGGUGAUUUCUCAAUGACAGUCGGAAAGAAACCAUAGGGAAAUUUAAAGAGUGUGCUGAUGUGGUUGAUGCCUUGAUUCUACCCUAACGACCCUAUCACCUGGUUUGCGUUAUCUCACGAAAAUAAUACCUGCGCGUGCGUCUAUCUCACUCAUCCUUUCCUUUAUCUACUACUUUAAUCGUGGUAUGAAGUUAUAAACCAAUUUUUUUCCCAUAAAAGACUGUUUACUUUAGUGGAAAAUUAAUGUUCUGGGAUUAGGAAAUCAAUCUUUUUGGCAAAAUUAUUUCUUUGAAGAAGCAAUUAACACUCAAAUGAGGGGGUGAAAGGGGUUUAAGCGUGAUGCAGAAUUAGUGUUUUUAAUUUUCGUGACCAGUGAGAAUACGAAGUUAAAUCCCCGUAAACUGUAAUUUUUUUUCUUUUUGUGAUACGUGAACCGUAAAGUACUUUAUCCAAUUAUUCGUGAUAUGUUAUUUCUAAUUUCUGAUGUGCGUGUAUCGUGCGUAGGACCCUUCCCCCCCCAUUAUCCCAUCUUAAAUAACAGUGACAUUCGAUUGAGGCGUCGAGAUCAAACGGGUAAGUCAAAAUUUUUUAUUGGGUAAUCAACGAUAAGAGAACUGGAACCUCCAUUUAUGAUGAUGUUCUUAAUUGUCGUGUAGGAGUUAAGUAAAUAAACUUUUAUCACUUUGAAUAAUUUUAAAUUAUUAAAAGAUGCGUUCUUUUAUCUAAGUUCUUCUCAUAUUGUUCCAACGCUGGCGUGAAAUCCUUUUGAAAACAGAAGUGCUAAGUGUAAAUCCAUUAUAAAUAGUGCACUUUAUUGUGUCUCAGUACAUCUGCCAUUUCAUUGGAUUGUACGGUCGAUUUGUUUUCAAUAGUCUCUCAUAGAGACGCCUUUGUGUUUCAUUUUCAUUUCGAGUUGUCAAAUUUAGUCGCUGUCAUGCAAGUAAUAGAUCAGUGAGACACUAACAACUAAACGGCAAGUUGUGCUCUGAAACCUCCGCUUUUAAGAAAGAAGUUGUGGUGCUGUGAGGAAAUGUUUAUUACGGUCCGUUAUGGUGGUAAGUUGUCCGAGUCAUGUAUCUAUUAUGAGUUUUCCUUUAGUACCGAUUAUUUUGCUUUGAACACAAUAGCCCACGAAAUAAAACCGAUUUACAUCUCUUGCAGACGGCGAAGAAUCUAUCUUUAAUCCAAACUGUCGGACAAACAUUCUAUUAGAGGAUAUCAAACGACGCUGCAACUGCACAAAAGAUGGUAAGAUCCCUAAGAAUUUUCAUCAAGUAGCUUGUGAAUGCCUAAAUUACCGCGCUAACCCGAUAUUAAGUUGAUUGCUUUCUUUUAGCCACGGUAGAUUUGAGUGAUGAAUCGGGAAAUCUCAAGUAUUUAGCUAAUCACCCCAUGAGUUAUGCUACAGAGAUACUAAAAGAACGAGAAUCACUGGUGUUGAUAAGAGUAGAAAGUAAGUUACUACAUCUCGCUUUGUUUACUUUUCACCAAGAGUUUUUAUAGCUCAACUUGUUUUCGUUAUCUGUAAUUUAUAUCUAACUUAUGCUUUGUUGAUAAAUACUCAGUCUAUUUGUUGAGUCAAUAAUUACUUUCCUUCAUUCGUUAUUUUCCUUCUCGGAUGCUAUCAUUUUUCCUGGUUGCUUUAUCGUUAACUUUUACGAGCAACUGCCAGAAGCACUUCGAGAAAUUUCUCUAACUUGAAUAAACUUUAUGAAUAAGUAAUGUGUUCACUGACUGAGGACCACAACAGUGAACCCAAACAAUAGACCUGUGCUAUUCUUAAGUCAGUCGACAUUUCUCCAUAUCAUCGUUUUAAACAUUAAAAAGUUAUAAACUUUCUUGUGCAGCUGUCCAUGCUGUGACCGUUUUGUGAACGAAAUUUUGUGAUGAGUCAAUGCCAAAUUGACAAGUUGAUCGGUGGCAGCUUGCAAUUAACAGUGAUACGAAAAAACAACAGGGAUUCUUAGAAGAACUCAAUUACGACUGACGUGGUUAGCUGUGCUACCUCACCCUCACUCUCUCAGAACUUAGAAGUGAUCGUGAAAUGAUCCUUAAGUAUUUUUCAUCCACCAAUUUUUUUUAGAAAAAAGUGAAGCCGAAGGUGAUAGUUAUACGCCGAUGCUGAAUGACAUGAUUAUUGUAACUCCACAAUUUUUAGGUACGUAAGAACGAUAUUUAAUUAAUACUUACCUGGUUCAAAUCUAAAUUUCACGCAAAUGAGUCGACCUCGAACCGACCUUGAGCCAAAAUCUCUGUUAGCAUCCAAUGAUCGAGAUUCGAGUGGUGCCUGCAUGAAACUUUAUUUGGGUUUGUGGAAUAAAAACAAGAACGGUAAAGGAGGAUCGAACACGGAAGGGAAAUAAGAGAACUAACACAAGUUUAAUUAACUUUCUCCUUUACAGAGCGUCUUUCGAGAUGCGAGAGUGACAGUCUUAACGCCAAGAAUUCUCAGGCCAAACCAGUUCGAAUUAACAGUCCCUUAACUAAAAGACAAACCGGACUUCAAGGAAAAACCAAAACUUCAUUAACAUCAACAUCAGGCAGGAGUAAAAUAACAUCCAGAGAAAAAACCUCGGCACAGAAGCGAAGCAGUAAAGACAUGAGAUAGGGACGUAGAAAAUGAAAUAGCUACUGAUAUAAAAAUUUAAUGAAAACUCAGGACAACUAUCAAAACGUAAAGGCAAUCAAGUUUUAUUAACAGUACUUGCAAGACAAUUAUUCCAGCUAAAAAAGAUGCACAUUCGCAUUGAUCGUCACACGAGAGGCGUUUCUUCACGAGGGGGAAAGGACUGGUGCAACAAUUUUCUCUUGAAGUUAACGACUUCGGCCUUGAAAUUCGCCCUCUGUUCGCAUGGGCUAGCACUAAUAUUUUUUUGCCAAACCCCUGACACGUUCUUAAUUUGAGUAAACAAGAUAAAAUUAAAAACUAGAUUACUUAAUAAAUAAAUUACUCGGGUCUUCUUGUAAAAUCCCUUCAUUUUAUUUUUGUGACAUAAAAUUGCUCUACGAGAAAAAUGGCGCUUCAAAUUCCCAUACAGGAACUGUCUGUCAACUUUUUGAAAAAACCAUCUCGAGUCCAAAGAGUUAUGCGAAUAGGGGAAAUUUUAUCGAGCCUCAGAAAAAACGGCAUAGCUUGUGGCUGGUUAGCCUGUGCUAAGUUUCCGUAACAGUACUCUUUCAAUUAGAAUAAAUAAAUAAUUGUUAAAUAUUGCGAUAAUUCUUAUGAAUCAUAUCCAUCAAAAUUAUUUAUUGACUGUGAUUUUCCUUCCGAA